GGAAAGAGAAAAGUGGGAGAGAAGAUGGUUUAUAAAAGCGCGAGACUCGGUGCACCGUUAUCAUUCUAUAGAAGGAACGAAUCACGAGAGGGACAUACGUAGACAGUUCAACAUACGUUCGUGAGAUUAAUUCUCCCCUCCUCUUUCAACUCCCAUCUUUGUGCGCGCGAGUGUGAUAGAAAAGCAAAGGAUUGCACAACGUUGCGUUUACUAUAGUCCAAACUAUAAGUGGACAUUGAAAUACUUGGAACGUUCGAGCAGCGGAAAGAAAAGAAAGUGAGUGGGCCGUGUUAGUGACAAUCGACGCUCAAAAUUAAGCACACUCGAAGCUCGCAGUGAAGGAUACAAUCGGCUAUGAUCGACGUGGAAACGUUUACCGAUAUGAGCUGUCAAGGAUUACAAUCUUUUCCUUUGAACACGAUGGCGGAAAGCGCAAAGCCAACGUGGAACAUGAAUUCUCGAGAUAGUAAGUGUUCUCGCAAAAACAAUAUAACCUGCGGCAUACUGCCAACUCUUCGUGCCCUGGCAUCUCGAGAAUGCAACGAUCAAGGCAGCGUCUGUUUGGUACCGCUCGACGUCGACAUGGAUGCAGCCAUUCAUCUUCAAAUGAUCUUACUCGAGGCUUAUUGCCGUGAAAUUGGAAUAAGAGUAUCGAGAGUACCGUUAAAUACGCUGCAAGACUUACUUGGUCCAGGACAUUCGGAUCUCUCCUGCGUUCUUAUCGACGAUCCUUAUUUUAUGGAUCCACCUGAAUGAGGAAAAAGAAGAAGAACAAGAGUCGACUUUCUCUUUUCAGGUACGAUAUUACUUACGCGUGUUUGAACCAACAAGGUUCAACGAACGUCCAUCGACGAUGUUCUUUGCGAUGGGUCGGCGCCUUCGGAUUGGUCAAUCCUUCUACGCAGAAAACACAUGACCUACAUUGUUUCGGCGAAUCGCUCACGUUCGCGUCAUCUUCUUCUUACGUGACUUCGCUCUACGAUUUAACAAAUGUUUAUACAUUAGCAAUGUCAUUAUUUUUUCUCCUAUUAUGUUAUACAAUUUGUAUAAAUUUUGUACGAUCGAUUGUUGUAAAGGAAUAAAAAAAUAACAAAGUUGUGAU